CGCCUCCGGUGCUUGGAUCUAGCUACCGCCAGGAAGAGGCGUUGCUUUCGCUGCUUUCCUACUUUUCGGCGCUUGACCCCUCCUAGGACCCGGGAUGCCCAGGCCCCAGCGGGGGACGAGGAAGAGUCCGGGUUGAGCCCAGCUGAGUGGAGGGCUCGCGGUCUAGUCUUUCCGGCCCGCCCCACCUCAAGAAAUGAGUGGUGGAUUGGCCCCAAGUAAAAGCACAGUGUAUGUAUCCAACUUGCCCUUUUCCCUGACCAACAAUGACUUAUACCGGAUAUUUUCCAAAUAUGGCAAAGUUGUAAAGGUUACUAUAAUGAAAGACAAAGAUACCAGGAAGAGCAAAGGAGUUGCAUUUAUUUUAUUUUUGGAUAAAGACUCUGCACAAAACUGUACCAGGGCAAUAAACAACAAACAGUUAUUUGGUAGAGUGAUAAAAGCAAGCAUUGCUAUCGACAAUGGAAGAGCAGCUGAGUUCAUCCGAAGACGAAACUACUUUGAUAAAUCUAAGUGUUAUGAAUGUGGGGAAAGUGGACAUUUAAGUUAUGCCUGUCCUAAAAAUAUGCUUGGAGAACGUGAACCUCCAAAGAAGAAAGAGAAAAAGAAAAAAAAGAAAAUUCCUGAACCAGAAGAAGAAAUUGAAGAAGUAGAAGAAAGUGAAGACGAAGGGGAAGAUCCUGCCCUUGACAGCCUUAGUCAGGCCAUAGCUUUCCAGCAAGCCAAAAUUGAAGAAGAACAAAAAAAAUGGAAACCGAGUUCAGGGGGUCCCUCAACAUCAGAUGAUUCAAGACGCCCAAGGAUAAAGAAAAGCACAUAUUUCAGUGAUGAAGAAGAACUGAGUGAUUAAAAUUAUAUUUAUUAUGUAAAUAUCAUUAACUUUUUUUAAAAAAUCUUGAGUUCAGUUGGGGACUAAAGAUUACUUUUAGAAUUUGAACAUAAAGAACACUUAGUACCAAAUAAUUUUUUACUAUAAAAUAGUUCAUAGGAAACUGAAAAUAAUUUUAAAGUAUCAUGUUUCUAUCUUGCCUUAGAGUAAUAAAAAUAAAGAUUUGGUAGUAACUGUUAAUCUUGAAAACAGUUCAUUUGAAUAAAAAAGAGAUCAUAAUACUAUCACAGUAUUGCUAUUGUCCUCUCAAGAAAAAAGAGAGGAGGUAUUAAAAAGAUGUGUUUGAGAAGCUCAUUAUAAAAGUUUAUUCAUGUCUGAUUGCUUUACAUGAAGACUUGAAAUAAAUUUCAUCUUUAAGACAAAAACUUCAUAACUACUGGAAAAUGCUGACUGAUUUAUGGUUAUUAAAUGUUAAUAAAAUUUUCAAGAGAA